AUGUAGUACUUAGUACUUUCUAUCUACAAAUUAUAUUACUGGGUGGUUUAUUAUCAAUUUUUCUAUUUAGUAUCUUGCCUAUUCAUUAACUAAAAGCAUUAAUAGUUUAAUUCUGUCUUGGAGAGAAAGCUACUUCUAAAAAAGGGAAUGCAGGGGUAUAAUAGCCAACUCUUCAUUAGUUUUAUGUGGGAUAGAUUAUUCGUAUAAAACUUCGUGUUCCUAAAUCUUUUAAAAAACUGCAGAUUCUUCAAUCAAAGUAGGAUCUAUUUCUUACAUACUUCUGAUGAAGAAAUCAAUAAUUUUUGCAAUCAAAUUUUAGCGAAACUAAGCAUUUGUAUAGGUUUUUCUAAAAUGUAUGUAUCUUUCUACCUUUUAUUAUAUUGUUUAAUCAAUCCGAUUUGUUACUGA